AUGGUAGCUGGAAUGGAAGCCCAGUUGCUGGCUUCCUCCGCCCCGAGCGGCUAUAUUUCCAGCAUCGAUACUCGGACCCAGUAUCCCCAGCAACAACGGCGUCAGCUUAUGGAGCAGUGGACAACUUUUUUUGCCGAACAAAAUCACUCUGUUCCCCCUGAAACCCAAAGUAUUGAGAUGCCUCCUGAUAGCGGCCAAUUUUUCUCUCAGGCGGGGCGGAUGCCUCAGCAAACAGCUUAUCAUCGGGGAUAUCAACCCCGAAUCUUAGAGCAGCAAGAUGUAGCCCUUACGUCUCUCGUUUCCCCCUCAGUGAUCUUGGAUCCUGACAUCAACAUGGAAAAUGCCUCUACGGCACCUGAAGCAAUCCUUGGACCGUUUACUUCACCUGCUUUAAAUACCCAAAACGACCCAUCUUCUGUUUAUGACAACAUCACCCAGUCUGACAACUCACCGGAAAAGUAUCUAGCGGCUCUGGCCAUGCCUCUAUCAGGCGGAUCAAGUACAGUCUUAGCCAAUAAGGCUAGAAAGUACAAGGUAAUCAAUAACUGGAAUAAAUGCGUUAAGAGCUCAUACUUGGUUAAACCCAGGCACUGGGAAAUAGGACCAAACCCUGGUACGGGGUCACAAAUGGUCAUUGGAGACGAUGACAGGAAUUUGUUGAAAUCGUCGGAUCAGAGAUUACUUCCUCUGCCGGACUCAUCAACUCAAGGCUCCGACGAACAUGCGUCCGCAUCACCAAAAAGUCUGCUGGAAAUUGUCCCGCCUCGAAAAUCCACUACUAAAUCACCCUACAUCCAAGCACAGGAAGGUAACAAGCAGCAACCCACACCUCAUUCAUUCCCUGACCGAAGAGCAGAAAGGAGAGCAGAACCAGCGGCGGCAACCGUAUCCCGCUCCGCUGACUUCGUUGAUGAGACUCCCCGUUUCGAAAGCCAAGAAGCCACCCGCGAACCACGAAAAAGACCUCCGUCAUGA